AUGAAGCUACUUGCCAUCCUUUCCGCACUUCUGUGUUUGUUUGGUACAAUCGGUGCUGGCCCUUUUGAUAAUAAUGGCAUUGAGAAAAGGGAUGUCACUAGCUCUGGCUGUGCAUGGUGUAGCCCUGGUCCGUGGACAUUUGAUGUUGCUUGCAGUACUGGAGAGUAUUACGCUGUGGCUAGCAGCAUCGAGAAUCCUCCUGCAUCGGUCAUACUCAACGCAACAGCUUUCUGUUCUGAGUUUCUACGACCGUUAGUCACAGAUCUAUCUAUUAUCAAUGCAACAGGUGGGACAACGACUUCGACGUCCACGGCAUACAGUCUGAUCAUGUUCACACCAACAACGACUUCAUCAUCCAUGAUCAUGACUUCAACAGCAAAACCCAAAUCAACUGUCUCGGCCCCGCCAAGUAUUACUCCUCUGCCGAUGCCUCAAAUUGCAGCAGCAUUGUUAAAGCGGGAUUUCACUGUGCCUGAUUAUUUGACUGCAUGGUACUAUUAUGGGCGAUUGGAUCCUGGUUGCUCGUGUAUCAUCACUUCUGCACUUCCGUCCAUUGUCACGUCUCCCACCACGACGAGCACAUCAUAUUAUGUUACGCUGAGCACAACUAUCACGGAGACAUAUACUAUCUAUCCAUAA